UCUACCAUCAAUCAUGUGGUUUUCUCUGCGUCUUGGCCUCGUUUCGCUGGCUCUUUUCCACACUUUUUGUGGGUCGCUUGCCUCCGCCGCAAGUGGUUCGGCCACUGAAAAACUGAUGGCUGUGGAGGAGAAGCUCCUGGCGCAAAUGGUGGACUACAGCAGUGUGCUCCAGAAACAGAUCAGCUUGAUGCGUCGCUACAUUUCAUUGAUGAGAGUGAAACACGAGCAAGCGGCGCCCGACUGGGAGCAGUACCUGGCCAAUCCCCUGCACAGCUACUCCCUGAUCCACCACACGCACUUCGACUGGACCAAUUGGCGGCGGCUCAUGGAGCAGCCCCUGGGCAGAGAGCAACUGUCCAAGAUGCGCGCACUGAUGCCACAAAUUCCAAGAGCUGAAUACUUGAAUGCCAAGCAAGACCUCAUCCACGAACCCCGGGCUGGAGUUCAGUUUGAGUAAGUCCAAGAAAUCAAUCAAGUUAGGCCAGAGAGAGUCCUAAUCCACACUCGAUAUUCCGAUAGUCCGUUGGAGUCCUUGGAGCUGGCUCUGUUCGCAUACGACAAGGAUCGCGCCGAUCUCGCCGAGCAGUGGCUGAAUGUGACCCUCAGCGGCUACCAGCAGUUGAGUCCCAGCAAGAAGGAACUCUACCAGGUGCUGAGAGUGGUCGAGGAGAGCCAAGUGCAGGCGCUGUAUGAAAAGGUCAAGGCACUCAACAAAAAUCAAUCAUCAAAGGAAAUUUUUUAAGUUUUCAUUUUUAUUGUUGCUUUAUUUAUUCCAAUUGUCUAUUAGUUGCA